AUGGGAACCGAGGAGACUACGAAUAGCAUGACGAGGGAUACUAGGGGAAUCAUUCCACGAUUGGUGGAUGCGUUGUUCCGACAAAUUUGCGAGUGUGGUUCAAACAUCAAGUUUCAAGUGUUUGUUUCAAUGCUGGAAAUCUAUGAUGAGAAAGUUCACGAUUUGCUGUGUCCAUCAAAAGAGCCUCUUCAAGUGCGAGAACAGAAUGGAAUGGUCUUUGUACAAGGAUUGUCAAAAAGCAGAGUGAGUAACCUAGUUGAAACGAUGGCUCAACUCGAGAAAGGAGGAGUCUUGCGAAGUAAAGGCGGGACAGCAAUGAACGCACAGAGCAGCCGAUCUCAUGCAAUCUUCACUAUAACUCUGGAAAAGUCGGACAUUAGUGAUGAGCAAAGUUGUUUCACAGCGAAACUGCACUUGGUAGACCUUGCAGGAUCCGAAAGGUUGAAGAAAACCCAAGCUGAAGGCACUCGCAUGAUGGAAGGCAUUCGUAUCAAUGAAGGUCAGUGUUAAUU